UAAGGAAGGUGAGGUUGUGAAUCUUGGAGAGGUAGUUUAUAUUACUGUGACUAAUAUCUUGAGUAAUGCAUUAUUUUCAUUAGACUUCUUAGAUUUUGAAGGUGAAGGUAUUGGAAAAGAAUUAAGGAAACUUCUAACGGAAGACGCAGAAUUGGGUAUUACUGUAAAUUUUUCAGAUUUGUAUCCAAUAUUGAGUGGAUUAGAUUUUCAAGGUAUAAGAAAGAAAAGUAAGGUAAUACUUGGAAAACUUAUUACUAUUUGGGAGGAUAUUAUCAAAGAAAGACGGAAACAAGAAAGUGUGAUUUCAGAUCAAAGCGAUUUCUUAGAUGCUUUGAUUAAAGAUGGUUAUACUAAUGAUCAAAUUAAUCAAUUGAUUGUGGAGCUAUUUAUAGCUGGCAUCGACACUAGUAUCAUUGCAAUUGAGUGGGGAGUAGCGAAUUUGAUGAAAAGUCAAGAUGCCAUGCAUAAACUUCGUGAUGAACUUGACCGUGAAAUUGGCACUGAUAACGUAAAAGAAUCGCAUUUAGCCCAUCUUCCCUACCUACAAGCUUGUGUCAAUGAGACACUGAGAUUGCACCCACCAGGACCACUACUUCUUCCUCAUCGUGCCUUACAAACAUGCCAAGUGAUGGGCUACACAGUUCCUAAAGACUCUCAAGUUUUGGUUAACAUGUGGGCAAUUGGUCGAGACUCCAUGAUUUGGAAUGAUUCAUUGAGUUUCAAACCUGAGCGGUUUCUUGACUCAAGUUUGGAUUCUAAGGGAAAUGAUUUUGAAUAUAUACCUUUUAGUGCAGGAAGGAGAAUUUGCCCUGGACAAUCUUUGGCAACUAUGCAAGUUCCAUUUAUUUUGGCAUCAUUGGUUCACUCAUUUGACUGGUUUCUUCCAGGUAAUAUGAAUUCAACCGAGCUAGACAUGAAUGAGCAGUUCACCAUAACAUUGCGGAAGAAGCAACCCCUACAACUUAUUCCUAAAGGAAGAAAAUAGUUGUGUAUCAUUUCUUGUUUCUUAUUAUUAGUUAUUAAGAUAGUAGUUUGUGCAAGUAGUGUUUCUUGUGAAAUUGCGUCUUCAAAGCACAAUUUCAACUAGAGUGUGUGCGACAAUGUAUAACUCAACGUGUGUAAUAAUAAUUAGCUUUAAAAUUUUGUGUAUACAAAGGAAUAAGGUGUGAUAUAAUUAAAGGCCCAAUAGGGAGCUUAAGUGUAAACUAAAGAUCGGGUUGGUUAAGUAAAUAUCUAUCAGACCCACCGCUUGCCCGGGCACCUAGAAUUUUCAAACGUUUAA